CCAGCGGCAGCUCCUCCCUUCUGGCCAGAUGGACAGCACGGCUUGGUCUGGGGCUCGGGUUCGGGGGGACCUGGCUCGGGGCAGAAAGCAGCCUUUUAUAGCCGGCCCGCCGCCGCUCCGCUCACACCUCCACGCUCCGCUGCCGAGCGCGCCGCCGGACCCGCACCCCGCAGCCCGCACCCCGCAGCCCGCAGCCCAUGGCACCGCUGCCCCCGCUCCUGCUGCUGCUCCUGCUGCUGCCCGCGGCCCUUUAUGAAGGUGCUUUCGGGGAAGCCCGUUCCAGACAGCGGCGGGGAAUCCUGGAACUGGCCGGGGCCAUUCGCUGCACCACGGGCCGCUCGCCCUUCGCGUACCUGCGCUACGGCUGCUACUGCGGGCUGGGAGGGAGAGGAUGGCCCAAGGACAGGGUGGACUGGUGCUGCUUUAACCACGACUGCUGCUAUGGCAAGGCAGAACAAGCAGGUUGUCAGCCAAAGACUGAGAGUUACCACUGGGAAUGCAAAGACAAUUCUGCUGUGUGUGAUUCACUAGAAGACAAAUGCCAAAAAAUGGCCUGUGAAUGUGACCGGGAAGCUGCCAAAUGUUUUUCUAAAGCUCCGUAUCACAGAAAAUACCUUUUGUGGCCAGACUUUAUGUGUGGUGAGAUCCAGCCUUUGUGUAGGUAUUAGACAUCAAACAUCAGUCUUCAUGAAAACUCUGUAUGUAUUUAAAUCUGACUUUUUUGUGUCACAGCAGUGACAACAAAUGAUGUUGCCCUUUGUUGAUGCUCCUUCUUGCCACCUCAGCCUCUCUACCCAAGAAUGGCCAAAUUAAACAUGUACCCUCUUAUUUACCUUGUGCAGUGCCCUUUUAUUGACUAAAUAGGAAUCUGAGUUUAUCAGAUAAGACCUGACAAUAUUAAUUUUGUUUAUAUUGAGAUUCACAGAUUUUUCAGAUUUAUCUUAACAUCUGUUAACUUUGAAUUGACUGGAAAAAAUGCACUAAGUGACAGUGUCAGCACAAAGAACCCUCUCAACUACAUUAAACACUUACAAUAAAAGCCUAAUUUAACUGUUGCUAAUUAACUAAUUUAACAUUCAUCUUAAGCAAUCCUACCUGUAUUAAAGAAGGCCUAAUUAAUUCUAUUUUUCUAGUACUCACUUUUUAAAUACAGUUUUCUGAAAAAGCUGCUCAUUUGACAUGGCUCAAGCUCCUUACUCUGUGUACACCUUGAACUUCCUGUAAGCACAGGGAGAAGUUCUGCCCUUAAAACUUUAGAGCCACCUUUAAAAGUCAAAUGCAAACCAUCACCAAAACAGACACAUGACAAUGCAGCAGUUGUU